AUGGUCAAGUCUGCUGUCUUGGGUUUCCCAAGAAUUGGUCCAAAUAGAGAACUGAAAAAAGUUACCGAAGCUUAUUGGAAAGGCAAUGCUACCCAUGACGAUUUGAUUGCCACUAGUAAAGAAAUCAAAAAAAACAACUGGUUAUUGCAACAACAACAAGGUAUCGAUAUCAUUCCAUCCAAUGAUUUUUCGUUCUACGAUCAAGUCUUAGAUCUAUCCUACUUAUUCAAUGUCAUCCCAAAAAGAUAUUCUGAAUAUGAUUUAGCUCCAAUUGAUACCGUUUUUGCUAUGGGCAGAGGUCUGCAACAAAAUGACGACCAAGGUAAUAAAGUCGUCGAUGUUACCGCUUUGGAAAUGGUUAAAUGGUUUGACUCAAAUUAUCAUUACGUCAGACCAACUUUCUCGAAGAACACUAAUUUAAAGUUGAAUGGUUCAAAACCAGUGGAUGAUUAUUUAGAGGCUAAAGCUCUAGGUAUCCAAACAAGACCUGUCUUGCUAGGUCCUGUUUCUUUCUUGUAUCUAGGUAAGGCUGACAAAGACUCUUUGGAUUUGGAUCCUUUGUCUUUGUUAUCAGAAAUUUUACCUUUAUACAAUGAAAUCUUCAACCAAUUAUACAAAGCUGGUGCUACGGAAAUUCAAGUCGAUGAGCCAAUUUUAGUUUUGGACUUGACUGAAAAGGAAAGAAACGCUAUUGUUGAAGCUUACAAUUACUUCCACAAGAAUUCUCAAGUAAACAUUACUUUGGCCACUUAUUUCGGUACUGUUGUUCCAAACUUAUCUGCUUUAAAAGACUUACCUGUCGCUGGCUUCCAUUUCGAUUUCGUUAGAGCUCCUGACCAAUUGGAUGACGUCUUAUCAAUCAUUAGCGACAAACAAACUUUAUCUGUUGGUGUUGUUGAUGGUAGAAACAUUUGGAAGAAUGAUUUAGCAAAAUCGACUGCCAUCGUAGAAAAAGCAGUUAGUAAAUUAGGAUCUGACAGAGUUAUUGUUGCUACAUCUUCUUCCUUGUUACAUACACCAGUGGAUUUAGCUAAUGAAACUAAAUUAUCUGAUGAAGUAAGAGAUUUCUUCUCGUUUGCUACUCAAAAGGUCAACGAAGUUUCGUUAAUUGCCAAUAAGUUAAAUGGUAAGAACGUCACUAAAGAAUUUGAAGCAAAUGCUGCUUCAAUCAAGGCUAGAAAAAGCUCCUCCAUUACUAACGAUGCUAAGGUUCAAGAAAGGGUCAAAUCCAUCAACGAAAAAUUGGCCCAAAGAACUUCUCCAUUUGUUGAAAGAGAAAAAAUCCAAAAGGAUGUAUUUAAGUUACCUUUAUUCCCAACAACCACAAUUGGUUCAUUCCCGCAAACAAAAGAUAUUAGAAUUAAUAGAAAUAAGUUUGUUAAAGGUACGCUUUCUUCAGAAGAGUAUGAAAAGUUUAUCCAAUCUGAAAUUGAAAAGGUUAUUAGAUUCCAAGAAGAAAUUGACUUAGAUGUUUUAGUCCAUGGUGAACCAGAAAGAAAUGAUAUGGUACAAUAUUUUGGUGAACAACUAAAAGGUUACGCUUUUACCACAAAUGGUUGGGUCCAAUCAUACGGUUCUAGAUACGUCAGACCACCGAUUAUUGUUGGUGAUUUAUCCAGACCAAAGGCUAUGUCUGUAAAAGAAUCAGUUUACGCUCAAUCCAUUACCAAGAAACAUGUCAAGGGUAUGUUGACUGGUCCAAUCACUUGUUUGAGAUGGUCUUUCCCAAGAGAUGACGUUGACCAACAAACUCAAGCUUUACAAUUAGGUUUAGCUUUAAGAGACGAAGUCUUAGACUUAGAGGCUGCCGGUAUCAAAAUCAUUCAAGUUGACGAACCUGCUCUAAGAGAAGGUUUACCAUUAAGAGCUGGUCCAGAAAGAUCUGCUUAUAUGGAUUGGGCUGCUUUAGCUUUCAGAGUUGCUACUGCGGGUGUUCAAGACAAAACUCAAAUCCACUCUCAUUUCUGUUACUCUGACUUAGAUCCAAACCAUAUCAAGGCUUUAGAUGCUGAUGUUGUUUCUAUCGAAUUUUCCAAAAAGGAUGAUCCAAACUAUAUUGCUGAAUUCAAAGAUUAUCCAAACCAUAUCGGUUUAGGUUUAUACGAUAUCCAUUCUCCAAGAGUUGCAUCCAAGGAUGAAUUCACUACCAAGGUUGAAACUAUCUUAGACACCUACCCAGCCAAGAGAUUCUGGGUUAACCCAGAUUGUGGUUUAAAGACCAGAGACUGGUAUGAAACAAAGCUAUCUUUAGCUAACAUGGUGGAAGCUGCUAAAGCUUUCCGUACCAAGUAUGCCGACCAAGCUUAA